UUAUAUUUGUAAUAAAAUACAGUUUACACAACUUACCAAAUAUUAUUAUCAUGCUAUUUCAAAAUUAUUAUCACAAUCGUUAUCUCACUUCAGAUUGUUAUUUAUCUUAAAGUUACAACAACCAUUACGCCUGAAACCGUCACAAUAUCGUUUGUCUAACCGUUUAAUUGUAUUGCCGACACGCGAAAAACAAUGUUAUACUUAUGAUAUUUUUAUUAAUGUUUUUAAGUAUCUUCUCUAGGUAUUACUGUUUUUAAUUUUACCGUAAUGGAUAACUCAAAUUUAAUAUUCGUAUUUUUGAUAUAUUUGUUUACAUUAAUUAACUGUACGAAUAUAGUGAGACCCAGGGGUAUCGCUUUUGAAAGUAAGUCUGUAUUUUAUAAUGAUGCUAAUGUUUCAACAUAAUCAUUCAAUAUCUAUAAAAUUCAUUGGUUAAAUUUCUAUUUUUUCAAGGGUCUUCACUUUAUUUACCUGACAAGGAUUUCUCAUGUUUUGAUGGAAGCUUUACAAUCCCUUUUGCUUUUGUAAAUGAUGAUUACUGUGACUGUCCAGAUGCUAGUGAUGAGCCUGGUACUUCAGCUUGCCCUAAUGGAACAUAUCAUUGCACCAAUGCCGGUCACACAUCGAUUGUUAUACCAUCAUCACGAGUAAACGAUGGAAUAUGUGGUACAAAUAUUGUGUUUAAUAUAAUAUUAUUAUACUACAGUAGAAGUAGUAGAAAUCAUUAAGUUUACCAUAUCAUUUGUUUUUUGUCAUAAUAUUUGUUAGUUAUGCAUUCUAUAACAUAAGUACCAGCUAAAUAUUAUUAUGUUCAAUGUUAAUACUUAAGUACGACCCUGUAUAUUACAACAGCAUUAGAUAAUACCUCUUUCGAGAUACCACUAGAGGUUUAUUGAAAUAUGAUUUAAAACAAUAUUCAAAUUCCUAUUGAUAGUCCCCUAAUCAAGUAAGUUAAGAACUCUUUUACAAAUUGUUGUCUAACCAUACAUUUAAAUGCAAAGGCAAAACAUAUUAAAUUUAUACAAAUUGUAGGUAAAUGUUAAAAAAUAUGUUGUUAUGAUAAGUUGUCAAUUUUAGUCACAUUUAAAUGAUAGGAAGUGUAAACAUAAAAUUAUAGACAUUUAAAAUAUCUUGUAAAGUUUCAUUGUUUAAAAACAAAAUAAUUUAACUAUUUUAAAAACGUGUUCUGAUACAAAACUAAAGGCCGGUAAAAAUCAGUCUGUUAAUAUUUUGCAAACAUCUGUAACCAUAGGGGUCUGUAAAAUUAUAAUGGCUUUAUAACAUGUUACAAUAUUGCAUAAAAGAAUUUAUAAAUUGUAAAUUGUUCUGGAUAAGUUAAACCACUUAUAUUUGAUAGUAUUCAAAAAAUGAGAAAACUGUGCCUUCUUGCCUUUAUGGUCUCAGUAUCAUUGUAAGUAUUUCAAUAAUUUUAUCAUAUUACUUGUUAAUGGUGACAUUAAAUCUAUAAUAUCCACAGUGAUUCACUAUUGUAUGAUUUAGGAUUUACAAUAUUCAAAUUUAAAAGAUAUUAUCAGAAAUGUCAACAAUAUUUUUCUAUAAAUCCCAAUGUCAAAUGACAAAUAUAAAAUCUAACUAAUAAUUUAAAGAUCCCAUUUGUGAUAAAAAGCGUUUUGUCUGAUUCUUAAACUGAGUUUAUUUCUGAUAACCGACCAUGAUUGCUUGGUUAUUUUGGUAAACUCCAUUUAAAAAUCAAUUUUUACUAUGUUGGUGAGAACGGGCCUUAAUGUUUUACAGUAUAUUUAAUCAAAAUAUUGAGUUAUUUUUUUUUUAAAUUGCUGCAUACAUUUAUUUGUACAUAUUUAACACUUUAAAAUAUUUAUUGAAUAAUCUAUGUCAAACAUACAUAUCUACCUCGCUCAACUCAAAAUUUAAGAUUUAGAUUUUGGGUUAGUUUAAUAAUAUUUGUAUAAUUUAUUUAAUAAUAUAACAUAAGUAGGUAUUUACUUAAUGGACAUAAAAAACAUUUUAAUGCAUAAUUAACCAUAUUCAGUAAAAAGUGUUAUAUUUUUAAAUAUAUUAUAAUAAAUAUUCUUCCAUUAUAGAUUGUUGUGACGGCUCUGAUGAAUGGGCAAAUAAUUUGAGGACAGGUUCAUCUUGUGAUAACACAUGUGAAGAACUUGGUCGGGCAGCAAGGGAAGAAGCUGAAAGAGUACACAAAGUAUUUACGGCUGGACAUGAAAUACGUGCACAAUUAAUUGCUAAAGGGAAAGAAUUUCGAUUGGAAAAACAAGUAAAUUAUUUUCAUUUAAAAGAAUUAUAUUAUAUAAAAAUAUAAAUGUUUGUACUCAGUAACAAGCAACCUUGAUAAGUAUUCCAACGAUUUUAGUAUUAAUAACAAUAAAAAUAAAACUCAGUUAACAUAUGAAACGUAAAAGAUCUUGUUAAUAGAAUUAAGUGUGGAUGUAUGAUAUAGACUAUGAAGAGAAACAACAAUGUGUUUUACAGUAUAAGUUUGUCAUGAAUGAUAGGAAUGAUAUUUUAUUAAACCCUGAAGAUCCAUCGAAAACGUGUACAUAUCUGAGUGUUGAACAUUGAAUAAAUUGGAUUAAUAAAAAUACACUGUGAUUCAUUUAACGUAAAACAAUUAUUAUUACGCAUAUAAUUGACUCUCUUCUAAAAAAAAAUUAUUGAAAAUGUAUUCACACUGUACGUCUACCCGUCGUAAGAGGCGAAAAUGAUGUUAUGUAACUUCAACAGAUGAUAUAAAAUUCUGCCAAACAGAGUGAGGAAUUAGUUAUAAAUAAGACUUACAGAUUUUCCUAUCUCGGAUAAGCGCAGUGACAACAAGUGAAAAGAGUGCAUAAUGUGUGCAGAUAAUAUACAGAUGUCCCACAAAUAUAAACCCAUUAUAAUAUUCCUGAGAUAAUAAUGAUAGUCUAAUUCUGUUAUUUUUUUUUUUAUUUUAUAUUACUUACAAAGAUAAGGAAUACAAAUAUUUAUAUUAAAACUAAAUUUUUAUGUUUUAGUAAACAUAUUUUUAUUUUAUAAUUUUUGAAAAAUUUGAAUCUAACCAUUUUAUAGAGUUUAUUCUUCUGAAAAUGUUGAUGUCUCAAUUUUUAUUUUUUUUUUUUUUCAAAUUUUCGAUUUCUAAUAAUUUAAAGUUCAGAGAGAAAAAAAGUGUACAGUCAAUUACUCAUAAUAAUAACAAUAGUCUAUUAGUAAAGAUUACAGCCUGUUGUAUAUUAUAUACCUAGUUUACAUUCAGCCGCUGCUAUGGCUACUCGCGCCACCGUAUUUACUCCUCAAAAUACUUCUGUGACAGCGUCGACAGCAGUGAGUGUUUACAUUGACCUGCUAAUUAUAGCAGCACAAGCAGCAAUUGACCGGAUUGAUCGCAUUGCCGGUUGUGUUGCUGCUCGCGCUGCUCAGUUUAACGCGUUGGGCAGCGUCAUUGCGAGGAGCAUGAUCAGCGCGAGUAACGUGUUUACAUACUUGUGCUGCCCAUUUUUAUGCUCACUUCCCUGUUCACCGCCACGGAAGUGGGCUGAAUGUAAACUAGGUAAUAAGUAAUUGGAAUAAUAAUAAUUAAUAUAACAUAUUUAUUAUUAUUAUGAAUAAUAUUAGCUGUACACUUAUUUUUCUGAAAAUAAAAAAUAUAUAUAAAUCAUGUUAAAGAAAACAAAACAUUUACACUUUGAACUUUCAGUAGAAUAAACUCUAUAAAAUGACUAUUUUCAAAUUUGUCUAUAAUAACUAAAUAAGUUAUUAUUUUUGUAUUUUUUAGCAAAACAUAUAAAUUUAAUUCCAAUAUAAAUAUUUGUAAUCUUCAUCCCUGUAAAUCAAAUUUAAAAAAAUAUCCACAUAAUUUGAUUAUUUCUAUUACCUCCGGAGAUAUUACAAUUUGUAUAUCUUAGUGGGACACGUUAGUUUUGAUAGGAUAAAAUCUAGAAUAAGUUAACAAUAGGCUUGAGGAAUACAAUGUAGUAUUUGAAAGAAAGGGAUUAAGGAUAGAUAGAAAUAAAACAGAGUAUGAAUUUUGUGAAACAGAACAAGACGACUAACAACAAUAAGUAGUAAUAGGCGAGGUAGAGAAUAUGGAAAUAAUAAUAAAAAUGUAACAUUUUAGAACUCCUUAUUGCAAUGUAUCCUUUAACUAACGUGCGUAGGUAGGCAAUUGUGUACUGGUAGCUAUCAAUUGGAUCUCUUGUCUAACUUGAUAAAACUACCUACUGCUUAUUGAUACCCACUUGGGCGUGACGUCGCAUUAUUUAAAAAAAAAGUCAAUACUUUGUAUAAUAAUGAGUGUGUAUUGUAUGUUAAAUUAAUUAAUUACAGAAAUAAGAAUAUUAAGGUGGGUUUGUGGUGUAAUUAUUAUAGGAUUAGGAUUAAAUAAUACAGGAAUUCCUACAGUGUUAUCCUUAUGUAAAUAUUUAUUUUGUUUUAAUUUUUAUUUAAUCGGGUUUUGUGUGAAGGGAACACACAUGUAGAAAACAAUUUUAAUUUUCAUCCUUUAAUCAAUGAAAAAAAAUUACUUUAGUUUUCCACGUUUUAAAAUAUUCAAAAUAGCUAUUCUGUAAAAUAUAUUACCCCUAGAUCUACAUGGAUCAAGCUGGCCCAACCCUACCCAAUUUUUGGCCUGACCAUUAGUCAGGAAAAUUUUUAUAUCAAAUUGGAUUGGGUCAGAUUAAAAUAACAUAUUAUUCUAUUGAAAAUUAGUUCUUUUCACGUCAAUUUUCUAGAAAUUAAAAUGGCUUUCACUAAGAAACUGCUCGAAAAAUACUUUAGCAUUGUCAUGCAGCAAAAGCUAAUCAUUUGUUGGGUACAAAUUUGGGCAAACGUGCCGUAUGCGUUUCAAAAGACGGUUGAGUACACUGUGGUAAAAUACCCCAUCAACUGUUUGUCCAGGAGGAACAAAUUAAAUAAUGCUGAAGUUGAAAAAAAUAAAUUGACACUAUCUUCACUUUUGAUUUUAUUGCGAGAACUUUGACUGAUCACCCUUCGUCUGAACCUCGUCUCGCGGUUCAGCAUUUUAUGCAAGAGUCGUAUUGAAAACUUGAUUUAUUAUUUUAUCGUUUAAAAACUGUUUGGGUAGCACUUUUAUUUAAUUUAAAAUACAAUUUAAUUGCUGCUCUUUGUUCUAUUGUAAAAAUAAUUGUGACUCAAUAUUAUAAACUUGUGCACUUUAUCGUUAUUGGACUUUUACGGUCGUUAUCAAUGCGUAUUAUAUAAUGUAGUGCCAUCAGUGAAUUAUAGAUAACGCUAUAUAUAAAUAUUUAAAAAUCAUCAGUCCCGGAACUUUUUGAAUAUACUGUGUAUAAGAGGUAGUUUAGGCGUAGUGAUAUAGCAAAAACAUGAGAGAAUAGAUUAUAAUAGUAUGGACAUAGAGCAAUAGGGCAACAUGUUUUACGAAAGAGAAACUAUGAUAUAGUCAAGAAGAUGAAUGUAUAUGAAUGUGGUAUAUGAAAGGUAUAUAAAUUUGAUGACAUCAAAUAAUGGUGAUGGAUAGAAAAUAUGUCAUGAAUGAAAAUAGUUAUAAUAUUGUGAACAGGAUAAAAGUGAAGAAACAAAUUAUUAUAUUUAAAGUAUGUUAAAGUCAUGUUAACAAUAUUUAUCUUUAUAGAAUAGAAUUACUGAACUUUUUAAAGAACAACAAGAAGUUGAACUUAUUAGAAACACUACAUUAUCAGUUAAAGAAACAAAAGAUGAAAUUGAAAAAUCUGCAUUAGAAAAGUAUAAAGCAAUACAAGAUGAAAAACAAAAACAAGAAAAUGAACGAGAAAAAAUACAAAAUCAAAAUGAAGCCUUUGAAAUAUUUAAUGAAAUAGAUACAAAUAAAAAUAAUAAGUAUGGUUUUCAAUUUAGUUUAACUUAAUAUUUAAAAAAUAUAUAAAUUGUUGUUUUAUAUUUAGGAUUGAAGAAGAAGAAGUAGAUGCUUAUAAUGCAUUUGAUCAAAAUAAAGAUGGUACUGUUUCACAGGAUGAAAAAGAUGUAAGAAAAUUAUAAUAGAAUAAUAUUAAUGUAUAAAACAUUUUAAUAUAUUACAAUUCUUUAUAUUAGUUGCAUAAUAAUAAUGAAAUCAAAUAUUUUUUUAUUAAUUUAUUAUUUUAAUAGUACAAACUUAAAAUGUUUUUUUGUAAUAUUUAUAUUAAAAAUUUAAAAAAAUUACAUUUAAUUUUCAGUAUUUUAUGGAAAAUAAGAAGGAAAUUGAUUUAGAAGAGUUUAUGGCAAAUAGUUGGGAUCGUUUAAAGCAAUUAUUGUUUGCUGCUCAAGCCACAAAUAUAAAAGAAACUGAAAGUACGGUUGGAGAAGAAAUUGAUUCAAAUCAAGCAGAAGAGGUAGAAGAUCAAGAUGAUAAUGAAGAUGAAAGUGAACAUGUUGAAGAUGAAGUGAAAUAUACAGAACCUGAUGAAUAUGAUGUAUCACAAUACGACGAAGAAACAAAACUAAUAAUAGAAGGUAGUAUUAUAAGAUCAUAUUAAAAAUAUUUAUUUGAAUACAUUUGAUUAAAUAUAAUAAUUAAAAUAAAAAAUACUGGCAUUUCUAAACUAGUAUAAUUUGUUUUCAAGUUGUUAAAACAUUUUUUAUAAUGUGAAUUUGUUAUACUAUCAUCAUUUGGCUAGAGUUAGCUUUGCAAUGAUUUAUUAAAUUAAAUUUUAAUACUCAAAAUUGAAAUUAUGAUUGUAAUAUUAGAUUUAUACUAUCUUCCAUGUCUAAUUACUUGUACAUUAUUACAUUUUUUAAAACCUUUAAUAGUUUAAUUAUUAAUCAAAAUCUAAACAAAUAAAUAUUUUUGUGUUAAAUUCAAUACUUUUAAUUUGACUAUAAAAUGUAUUUAAAUUCAUUAUUUUUACAUAAAUUAACUGUAUUAUCUUAUUCACUGGGCCUAUCUAUCAAUUAUGAGCUAGUUCUUUUUUUUGAAUCUGUAUUUAAUCUAAUAUUUGUAUUUUUAGAAGCAAAAAAAGCCCGGGAAGCGUUCGAAGAUGUAGAUAGAAAAUACAGAGACAUCCAACGAGAAGUGUCCCAUUUGCAAGAAUCACUUAAUAAAGAUUUUGGCCCAGAGGAUGAAUUUGCAGCUUUGGAUGGAGAAUGUUAUGAACUUUCUGAUCAUGAAUAUAUUUAUAAAUUAUGUCUUUUUGAUCAAGUAUGUGCUUUAUUACAAUUUUAGAAUACUAAAUUAAGAAUCUAGUUAAAAAUAUCAAAGUUUAAAUUAUAAUAAUUAAUAAAUAAUCAUGUUAUUAUUCAUAUACAUAUCCAUAUAUAUAUAGAUAUUAUAUAGAUAUUGUUAUCAUAUUUUUACUGGUGAAUGCGAUUUUAGAUUCUGAGUGAAGUGAAGAAGCUUAUGGUUUAUUUUUUAUUUUCAAUUUUUUUUUUUAAUUGUAGCACCUUUUCUGAAAAUAAAUCGGUUUGGAGGACGGGGUACUUUAAUGCGGUCAUUUUUUUAAUCUUCUCAAAGGUUUCCUCAUAAAAUUUGAAAAGCCAAGAAAAAAAGUAGGAAAACCAGGAAAACUAGUACAACAUUAAACAAAUAUUAUUAAAGAAAAUAAAUAAAGCCUAUUUGAUUAUUUUACUAUAUUAUUGACAAAGCAUCACUAUCAACUGAACUCUGCUCAAAAUUGUUUUUUCGUAAGCAAUGGUUUAUCAUUGCUUACAGGUAUAAAUUAAAUUACCUGUAACAUUGGCUGCAUCUGUCUCCAUUAUCCUGGGAUGUUUUUUAAAAUAUUGUAUUAUAAACUAAAUAAUAAUUGAAUAGUCAAAAAUUACUUUGAAUAUAUAUGGAUAUGUAUAAUCUAUAUGAAUAACAACAUGAUUAUUCUUUAAUUAUUAUACUUUUAUUAUUUUUUCUUUGAAUAUUAUAGACCCGGAUAUUUUUACCAGUUGCCUUAAAUUAAUACUAAUUUUUGAAUUUUUUCAAAUAAUAUAUUAUAUUAAUUUUAUUAAUUUGUGCCAGAUUACACAACGUUCUAAAAAUGGAGGGUCAGAAGUUAGAUUGGGAACUUGGAAUAAUUGGAUCGGUGAACCAAAAUAUCGUACAAUGUUAUAUGAUAGAGGUCAACAUUGUUGGAAUGGUCCACAAAGAUCUACACAUGUAUGGAUAUUUGUAUUAAUUACCUAAAUAAUGUCUAUGCUUUUGAUUUUUAAAAUAACAAGAUAUUAUAGUAUUAUAUUAAUGUUUAAAAUAGGUACGUUUAAGUUGUGGCAUUGAACCAGCAUUGAUAUCAGCAACAGAACCUAAUCGUUGUGAAUAUGCUAUGGAUUUUGUUGUACCAGCUGCUUGUGUCCAGCAUAGUGAACAGCUUUCAGCACCUGUAACAGAACCUGAGCAUGAUGAAUUAUAAAUUUUAUUUAAAAUCAACUAUUCAUAAUUUUUUAAUUUAUGAUUUUGUAUCAACUAUUUUUGGUGUUUGGUACAAGAUGUAUUUGUUCAUUAUUUUUUGAAUUUAUCAGUUUACUUUUAUUUGUUACAAUUUGUCUAUAUAUAUUUUUUUCCCUUUUUUUAUAUAUAUAUAUAUAUAUAAUUGAAAAAAAUAAUUGUAAACAUGUUUACAGAUAUAAAAUAAAAUGUGAUGUUUAGUUUAAACGCAUUUGUGGACAUAAAAUCAACCUUAAGAAGUAAUAAAUCUUUUCCUAGUUUAUAGUUAAUAUUUGUGAGAUCAAUUUUAUUUGUUACAAAAAUAUUUUUAAAAGUUAUUCAAAAUAUUUGUACUACAGAUAAGAGAACAAAGGAAACUCAAUAGAUGAUAUUGUUUUUAUGAUCUUGUUUAUUAUUUAUUUUUAUUAAGAAAUAUAACAGACUUUUAUGUUUUUACAUACACAUUAUUAACUUUAUCCUGGUUGAAUUAAGAUUGGAUUUUGAACAAAAUAUGAAUAUAAUUUCGUCUUACAUAAAAUUAAUAUUAUUUAAGUUACGCGAUUUGUUUGACAUUACCUAGUUAUACAUUUAAUAUUAUAAGAGUAUUCUAUUUAUUUAUUUUUGUAUUUAUUUAAAGUUUAAACACCCAAAGGGGUAAAGAGUACAGUUACAAUUGCACAAAAGAUACAAUCCAAAUCUAAAUAUUGAAUAUUAGAUUAUACAUUAUUAUAUAAAUGAUAUAAUACAUAAGAUUAUAUAUAUUAUUCUUUUAAUUUAUUCUAAAUAAUAUCCUUUUUACAUUUUUUUUUUUUUUUUUUUUAAUUAAAUCAAAUACAUUAGGUUACUAUAUAUUUUUUUAAUGUAUUAUAAUCACUAAUAAUAUUACUUAUUUAUUAAUUUUAUUUUGUGUUAAUUUUGAUUGUUGACAAUUCACUUUGUUGUAUUGGUGAAUAUAAAAAUUAAAUUAAAUAUUUGUUUUUAAAUAAAAUAUCUUGUUUAAA